AUGGCUUUCUUACAAUUAACUUCAGAAGUUCAACAACCAUUUGUCAUCCCAUCAUUGUCACCAGUCUCUCAACCAAACUCAAGAAAGAACUCUUGUGCAAGUGACUACUCAAAUAUUGCAGUGACAAGACCAAGAAAAGGUUCUUUGCCAGCACUAUAA